CCGAUUCUUGCAACUCCAAACUUGCUCUCAAAUCCCAACUCCCGUUUGAUCCCACUUCUUUCAAUUGUCUUCCCGUCUGGAAUUCUCAUGGCUUCAUCCUCAGAUAUAGGAAAACAGAUUCAAGAGAGUGGAGUUUCUUGCUAUCAGCUCCAAACAUGAAUGCAUACAUUGGAAUGGGGUUUUCAUCAGAUGGGAGGAUGGUGGGGUCCAGUGCCAUAGUGGGGUGGGUGGGUUCCGGUGGGACACCAACCAUGAAGAGGUAUUUUCUUGGUGGGCAGUCUCCUUCUCUAGUGCAGCCUGAUCAGGGUAACCUUCAAUUAGUCAACCGGAGCUCAUCCAUCGUCGCCGAGAAUUCAAGAAUCUACAUGGCUUUCCGGCUAAACACCGACCAGCCGUCGAACCGGUUGAUCUACUCCCUCGGACCCACCGGACAGCUGCCGUCCUCCGCCACUUUCCGCCUCACACAACAUCAAGACCAAAUUUCUACUUCCUUGGAUUAUACCACAGGUCAAAGUCAGACAAAGACAUUGUACGGGAAGCUAAAGAGGACCCAUGGGUUGUUGAACUUGUUCGGAUGGGGAAUAGCGGUGCCUAUUGGGAUAAUAGCGGCUCGCUACUUCAGGGAAUGGGACCCAUUCUGGUUUUACUCCCACAUCGCAAUUCAGACAGUGGGAUUCAUCUUAGGAUUCGCAGGUGUCAUUUGUGGGUUUGUGCUCGAAAAUCGUCUUGGGAUUAAUGUUCACACCCACAAAACCCUUGGCAUCUUUAUUCUCGUACUCGGUUGCUUGCAGGUGAUUGCAUUUUUGGCAAGACCUAAAAAGGAAGCCAAAGUGAGGAAUUUAAGUGGCACUAAAGACAUGCUAGCUAGCCUAAUAGUUUUCAUUGGCCGUGUUUGUGUGAUUCGUAUAGGUGAUUGCAUUUUUGGCAAGACCUAAAAAGGAAGCCAAAGUGAGGAAGUACUGGAAUUGGUACCAUCACAACGUUGGAAGGAUUUUGGUGAUUUUGGCGAUCGCAAAUAUAUUUUAUGGAAUACACUUAGCUGAUGCAGGAAGUAGUUGGAAUGCUGGUUUUGCUGUUGCCAUUGUUAUCUUGUUCAUUACCGCAUCUGUCCUUGAGAUUAGGCAAUGGAAGUCACGAGACUAGUUUGUUUGCUUAGUGCCUUAUUCUUUUUGUUUUUCUUAGUAUUCUCUUGGUUUCAAAUUGAUUUGGCCCUUUUUUAUUGAUGUGAUCAUGUGAAGAUGGUUGAUUUUCGUACUUAAUUUUCUAUCUCACCAUACAGAAAUUCUAUUUCCCAAGUGAUAUAUCCGGCUGUUUGGAUUAGAGUAAAUUAUAAAG